UUAUGAACAGUGAAUAGUGUAAUGUAAAACAUUGUACAAAUUUAGAAUUAUGACACAUAAGCAAAUUUACUGCUACAGUUUUGUUAUUUUACGCAGUUAAUGUAAAAAUGUUAUAUGUUUUUUUACCCUAAACCCAGAUGAAUUAAUUGUUGCAGUGUGGAAUCUCUAUAUAAUAAAAUUUGAAGAGAAUACAGGUAUUAUAGUAAUUUCAAAAGUUUGGGCACCCCUGUUCAAUUGGCAUGCAUUGUUGAUGUUCUAGUCUAAAUAUGUGAACAAAUACACAUAAAAAAAAAAGUUUAACAAAUUUGCAGAGAAUGUCAAAAUCUUACGCUCUUUUCUGUAUUGUUAGACACAUUUGGACAGGGGUGUCUAAAAUUUUGUAUUUCAGUGACUGUAUGUGGUCUUGGUAUACGCCCCUUUGCGUCCCACAAGCCGUGUGAACCAAAUAAAUCCCAGCCCACGGCCACAAUGGACAAGAGUGUGUGUGGAGUUCCUGCGUUUUUCCCACCUCUGCAGGCCGGUCAGCAGCUCAGCCCCAUUUCCACCCACAGGCCAGAGCGAAAGGGGGGGGCGGCCAGUCAGGCUCAUUACUGCACAUUUCUCCUCACUCCUCAUUACUGAUCACCUGGAACAGUGCGGCUGCACUGUGCACCUUCACUCGACUUUUUUCCCCAGCCAGAGGAUCCUCUGCCACCUACUGAAACCAUGCUGGAGCUGUUCUUGAUGAUGCUGUGUGGACUGUCCAGCCGAGUACUGGCCAAAGAUGCAGAAGCUAAAGGAAGGUUCAGCUCUCCAGUUUUGGAUGUGAGUGACCGACAGCUUGUGCUGGAGAAGGACCAAACACUCCAGCUGAACUGCAGAGGUCGAUGGGAGCUGAAGUGGGAUAUCCCCUCUGACGUGCCAAAAGGCUAUUCAGGUACCCAUGUGGAGAUAUCCCGCUGUGGCAAGCAGGCAGUCCACUACUGUAGUCGCCUGACUAUCAGCCCUGUUUUAGGCCAGCAUACAGGCUCCUACCGCUGCCGCUACGUCCACAAGCAACACAAGUUUUCCUCUGUCUACGUCUACAUCACAGAUAGCCAGCGGCCAUUUGUGAAGGUGCAGACAGAGAUCCCAGACGUGGUCUACAUAAAGGAAGGACAAAACUUAGUGUUUCCCUGCAGAGUCACAAACCCACACACCAAAGUGUCUUUAAUCAAAUUUCCCAGUCUCAAACUGGAGACAGACCAGAGGAACAUCGUUUGGAACAGUAGACAGGGCUUUAUCAUUCGCAGCCCCACAUACUUCUACAUUGGUCUUUUCCACUGUGAAACCGUUAUCAAUGGGACUACAUACACCAACAAGUUCUUGACCCACAGACCAGUGAAUAAGAUCCAGGAUGUGUAUUUGAACAACACUGGCUCAGUUCAGGCUCUCCGGGGAGAGAUGCUGGCCUUGAACUGCACUGUUACUGCUGAGUGGAACUCCAGAGUGUCCAUCAGCUGGACGUACCCUAGGCAGGCCAAUAGUACAGCCUUAAUCAGUAGACGUAUUACCCGGAGCAGAACCAACAUGGUCUUCUAUAGUGUUAUCACAAUUCCUAAACUGCGCAAAGAUGACAGAGGAGUCUAUAUAUGCCAUGUGGCUAGUGGUCCAGCAAAGCGGCAAGCAAACACCUCAGUCAUUGUUUAUGACCAGCCUUUCAUCAGGCUAAAGCACAGAGAGAGUCCGGUGGUACAGGCUUAUGCAGGACAGAAAUCCUUCCGCCUGUCCCCCAAAUUACGAGCAUUCCCUGAACCUGAAAUCAUUUGGCUGAAGGACGGGAGGGUGGCAGCUGAGCAGUGUUCACGUUACCACACAGAUGGCUAUACUCUAGUGAUUCGAGAUGUUGCAGAGGAGGAUGCAGGGGUCUACACCAUACUCACUGGCAUCCAGAAGUUUGGACUUUACAGGAACCUCACACUUACUCUUGUGGUGCAUGUUAAGCCUUGGAUUGGGGAGAAAGCUGUGGCGGUGCAGGACCCAGGAACUGUCCCACGAAGCAGCAGGCAAGCCCUUCGCUGCACAUCCUAUGGCAUCCCAGCACCUCACAUGAGAUGGCUUUGGCAACCCUGCCCUCCUAAAGGCCUAUGCAUUCCGGUUUCUUCCUCCUGGUUGGCGUUAGGCGAGCAGACAGCGGUCACGUCCACCCACAACCCUAUCCUGAGCAUCAGUCACAGACAGGAAGUCCUGCAAGGGAAGAAUAAGACUGUAAGUGUUUUAACAGUAGCCAAGGCUCUAGUAUCUGGCAUCUAUCGCUGUGUUUCUUCAAACUCCGUGGGCAGGGAUGAACUGGACAUCCGUUUCUAUGUUACAGAUAUCCCUGGAGGCUUCAGCGUCUCAUUGGACAAUGAACCAAGAGAGAGGGCUGAUGUUCACCUGUCCUGUGUGGCCAAUAAGCACCUGUACUCAAAUGUGUCGUGGUACAGAGUGACCAAUAUAUCCGCAGUGCCGAUGGGUGGAGAGCUGACACAGGAAGAGUUUUCUCUCACUUUACGCCUGAUGUUGAGAAAUCUGACAGCACGGAACUCAGGGUUGUAUCGCUGCUUCGCCACACACCUGUUUACAGGAGAACACGCAUACAUGGAGACGCUGGUGAAAGUUACAGUAUUGGAGGCUCCAGUGCUGCUGCAGAACCUCAGUGACUGCAGUGUAAAUGUGAGCAGCUCUGUCACUCUACACUGCUUGAUCCAUGGUGUUCCACGGCCACUUGUCACAUGGUACAAGGACCAAAGGAGACUCCAGCAGGUGUCUGGUAUCAUGCUGGCCCCUGAAGAGGGUACACUUCACAUUGACAGAAUCACUGUUGAGGAUCAAGGUCUGUAUACUUGUGAAGCGACUAAUGAAAAAGGAUCUGUGGAGAGCUCAGCUUACAUUUCAGUUGACAACUCUGCAGACUCUUCAUUUUCUCUAGAGAUCCCCACGCUGGCCUGCACUUGUAUAGUGGCCACACUCUUCUGGCUGCUUUUAACCCUUCUUAUCCGAAAACUUAAACAGCCAAACUCUGCGAACAGUAAAACCGAGUACCUGCCGAUAAUCCUACACCCUGGGGAAGGGCCUCUGGAUGAACAUUGUGACAGGCUACAGUAUGACCCUGAAAAGUGGGAGUUUCCGCGGGAGCGACUUCAGCUAGAGAAGCCAUUGGGACGAGGAGCAUUCGGAAAGGUCAUGCAGGCUUCAGCUUUUGGCAUAACAAACUCAACCAACUGUACCACUGUGGCAGUCAAAAUGCUAAAAGAGGGCGCCACACCAAGUGAACACAAGGCCCUAAUGACCGAGUUGAAGAUUCUCAACCAUAUUGGACAUCACCUGAACGUGGUCAACCUGCUUGGAGCCUGCACUAGACCUGGAGGACCUCUGAUGGUCAUCGUGGAGUACUGCAAGUAUGGCAACCUGUCCGCAUACCUGAAGAGCAAGCGAGAUGUUUUUGUGUUGAACAGGGUGAGUGCAGGUGAGGGACGUGGAAAGGAAGAGGAGGACAAAAACACUGUGGAAACUGUGUGCAGUAGCCAAUGUAACCCCAACUGUAAGGAGAAAGGCAAAGUCUGUGGGGAGGAUAGUGACGUUUGCUCCACCUCUAACACCCCACUGCUGCUAGAAGAUCUGAUUUCCUACAGCUUCCAGGUGGCCAGAGGCAUGGAGUUCCUCUCCUCACGCAAGUGUAUACACAGAGACCUUGCUGCCCGAAACAUCUUGUUGUCUGAAAACAAUGUAGUAAAAAUCUGUGACUUUGGCCUGGCUCGAGAUCUGUACAGAGACCCGGACUACGUCCGCAAAGGAGAUGCUCGUUUGCCGCUGAAAUGGAUGUCCCCAGAAUCAAUCUUCGACAAGGUUUUCACCACUCAGAGUGACGUCUGGUCCUUUGGAGUUUUGCUUUGGGAGAUCUUCUCACUUGGAGCAUCGCCAUAUCCAGGGCUCAACAUGGAUGAGGAUUUUUGCCACAGGCUGAAACAAGGAACUCGAAUGCGUGCCCCAGAGUACAGCACUCCUGAAAUUUAUAACACCAUGCUGGUCUGCUGGGAGAAGAACCCUGAUGACAGACCCACCUUCACUGCCCUGGUCAGCACGUUGGGAGACCUGCUGCAGGUCCGUGUCCAGCAGGAUGGGAAAGAUUACAUUCCACUAAAAACGUUUCUGUCUGGAGAAAGCGGUCUGGAGCAGCCUGACUACAGAGACACACACCAGGGAAGCCCAAGCUACAUCAAUACCAGAAUUGAAACCAUCACUACCUUUGAAGAGGAUCUCAAUAGAGACGUCCCAGAAGAUUCUCAGUCUGAUAGCGGUAUGGUUCUACCCUCUGAAGAGUUCAUUCGGCUGAAAUGGAGCGAAAAGUUCAAAACAAAGAAGAUAACCAAAUUCUUCUCCAAGGGUCAUUGCCAGGACAAGAUACUGCCCGCUCCAGCGAUUACCUGUUUGAGCACCAGUCCGUGUGGCCGAGCAGAGAAUGAAGCUAAUGCUGUUCCCUCUGACUCAGAUUCUGAUGGUUGUGGCUCUCCUCCUCCUGACUAUGACGCAGCGCUCCUCUACCCCUCUCUGUAGCACACUCAGUCCUACAGCCAGGGUGAGAUACACUCAAAUAGUUUAUAUCCAGUGCUCUGACAGCACUGAGUUCAGACAGGGUUCACUGGUGGCUUUAGUUGCUGGAACUGGAGACGAACACGUCCAAAGCACGACUGUUGUGAAAGCCAGAGGUCAUUUAGUUAAAGCCAAUGGUUAAAUGCUGCUUGUUUUCAUGCAACAAAAACAUUGUAUAAUGCUCUCCAACUAUGUUGGCUGUAGCUUUACAACUCAGAUAAGGAGCUGUUUUUGCCACAAAUCCCUUGAAGCUUCCAGAAUACUAUCAUUUAAAUAUUUUAAAAGUUAAAACCUCUGUUUGAUUAUUUAUUUUAGAAUGUUGUCUUUUCCUACUUUCCUCUUCAUGAGUGAGCAACUCGGGAGACCAGACAAAUUAUAUAACGGAUAGUGUUCCAAUUAAAGCAAUGUAUUUAAUAAUGUGGACUUGCACUGCCGGUGUAUAGUAUGUAGUUGUAUAUAGCAUGUAGCAGUUGGAGUUGAGCUUCUGAAUCUCAGGAUUGGUUGGUGACCCCAGGGGAUGGAUGUAGCUGUCCAUAGAUUGUGGUGCUGAAAGGAUCCACACGGCAGAUCCAGGUUUGGUGGCUAGUGCACCUGUCCACCUCUCACAUUAUCAGGAAUCAUUAGGAACUUACAGAAAAGAUGCUCUUCCUUUUGGCCACCCUCAAUUAUGUAAACUUGAUCCCAAAUGUAAAUGUAAAUGUUUUUCUGAUGAAUUAACGCAGUACUAGGGGGACCCCAAAAGCAAAGUCUUACAAAGAAAAUGUAAAGAAGCUUUCAUUAAUAUACAAGACACCAUUUAGUUAAUUUAGUCUUUUUCUACAAGGUCAGCAAAGCAAAUUUAGUUUAUAUGCUUAAUCAUUAAACUUCUAACAUUACACAGGGCCUUGUCAUUACAAUAUUUCACCCAAAAUCUUUUUUAAAAAAUAUUUUGAAACUAUGCUGAGGCAACAGGCUUUUGUCACUUUGUAAUCACGUUUAUUCACUGAGCAGCUAUAACUAUACAUUUUUUUUCUCACAUUUUUUCAACUACAACCUCAGGCUUUUGUAGGUUGGGUGUAUGACAUUAAACUGUAGAGCAUCACAGCGGUCCCAAAUCUGUGUUGCAAAAGUAUAUGCUGGAAGUCUGUAACAGACUAUUUAUUUACACAUACUACCUGCAAUACUACAUCUAAAGCUAUGCUGAUUUGAUGGGUUUGGCUCAGUUAAAGAUGUAAACAUAGCUUUGUUUUAAAAUAAAAAACACUAUAGACAUUUAUCUUAUGGCACUUGAGACAUUUAUCGGAUGUAAUGAAGUAUCUAGGAGAAACAGAAUUAAAAAUAAAAACUAGUGUAUGGAUGUAGUAUAAAACUAUUCUUGCUAUAUUAUGCAUUAUGGUCUGUGGCUGGGUAACAGAUUAUUAAGAUUCUGUAUUCAGUAUUUCUGUACCAAUACAAUAAAAUUGUCUUUGUAACAAGAUGAAAUAUAUGAACACUAAACUGCACAAAUACAUUAAAAGACAGUAUAAAGUUUCGUAUUCUUUAUUAAAAUACUGUUGUACACACAAAUAUUGCAAAAUGUGAGACAAUGAACACAAGAAGGGCAUAAAAAGUACUAAGAUUGUGAGUGACUGUGUGUGUUUGUCUGAGGGUCAGCACAAUUGUUUACUGGAGUGCAAUUCCUGGGGUAGAGGGGUCAUCAUGAUAUGAGUAUCAGCUAUGUGUUGGCUGGGUGUGUGUGUGUGUGUGUGUUUUCUGGGAAAGGAAAGGCUUGGCACUGGAUUUACCAAGUUGUUUACUGACUCUUUCUGCUAAAAAUAGGAAGGCAAAAAAAAACAUAAAAAGAAACAAGGAUACACAAUUGUGACACAGCAUCUUCACUUCAGCUCUGUAUAACGUGCUCCACCCUGACCACCUCUCUGUCCAGUGUGGAUCAGCCAAACCUGCUGCUCAAGUCCCACCCACUUCCACUGCAGCUUCCACUCACUGAUUGGAAAGGGUCACCAAUGACAGGUCAAACACAUUCAAUCAUUGGCUUAUUCGGGAAUCGUCCUGAGAGAAUUCCAAACUGCUCCGAGUGCACAAAAAAAAAAAAAAAAGUUUCAGAGGUCGAGCUGUGGCUGCCCAGGGUUAUUCCAGCACAUUGACAUCACAAAAAUCUGUAGGUUAAAAAAAAAAAAAAAAAAACUAAAA